AUGUCUACGAGACUUUCUACUCUUCAUCACAACCACCUCGCCAGCAGGCUGUCCGCCUCUGGCCUGUUGCUGACGAGCGGCUGCUGCUCGCAGUUGCUGCCGAACCUCCUGCGACGCAUUGUUCCGCGACGAACGUGUCAUUCGCCUUUCCGACCCCCCAAAAGAACGUUUCCCGUCCAUCCGUGUGCGCCUUACUCCACCACCAUGUCGGCAUCGAAUAUUGAGUAUGGGUAUGUCGAAGAUGUCGAGGCACUGAGUGACUACCGGCCGGGUGGCUAUCACCCCAUCCAGAUCGAAGAUGUUCUUCACGAGCGUUAUCGCAUAGUCCACAAGCUAGGCCACGGCACAUUCUCAACGGUAUGGCUUGCUCUUGACAGUCAGACGUCGACGUAUAUCGCCAUCAAAGUCGGCACCGCAGACGCGGACAGCCGAGAAGUGGAUAUUUUGUCUCAGCUUACGACAGGCGUUGCUGCCACCUCUGAUGGGUUCAGCCACACGACAGGCAAGGCGGCUAUGAUCCCUCUGGUCCUCGACCGUUUUACUCUUGAAGGCCCCAAUGGGACUCAUCCUUGCUUCGUAACGCCCCCGGCCAGAUGCAGCCUUAUGGACGCGAAGGAGGCGUCCGACCCGAGACUAUUCCAGCUCGACGUCGCUCGGUCUCUGGCUGCUCAGCUUACUAUAACUGUGUCUAUCGUUCACUUAAACGAUUAUGCUCAUGGUGCUACAUCUCCAUCUCGGGAACCUCCUUCUCCAGCUACCUUCAUCACUCAACAACCUUUAUAUGCUGAGUUUGGAGCCCCAGAGCCAGAGGCCAUCGUCCGCCUCGACGGAAAACCCACCUCUUCAGCAGCUGGGGUUCCUCCGUACGCCAUCCCGCCCGUGUGGCUGGGAAAAGCAAGCGAUGAGAUCGCCUUGAACGAAGAAAAGCUACUACUCGUCGACUUUGGUAAAUCCCGCUUUGAGUCGUACACACCCCUCGUGAUUCGUCCUCCUGAGGGGUUCUUCGAGCCGAAGACGCCGCUCUCGUUGGCAUCGGACAUAUGGAGUCUCGGCUGCACCGUCUUCGAGUUGCUCGCCCACAGAUCCCUAAUCGACGGGAUCCUUGCGCCCCAGGACGAAAUCAUGGCCCAGCAGAUUCAUUUGCAAGGUCCCCUGCCGUCCGAGUGGUGGGAUAGCUGGGAAGAACGCAACGAGCGUGACAUAUGGACGUGGGACAGGCGAUUUGAGCAAUGGGUGCAGGAGCCGAGACAGUCUUGCGGCAUGGACGUUAUCGGCGACGAGGAGAAGGCUGCGCUGUUUGAGAUGCUACGCCGGAUGCUCGCAUGGAGACCCAGCGAGCGGCCGACUGCAGACGAGGUGUUGGACAUGGCUUGGAUGAAGACUUGGGCGUUACCCGCGUAUGAAAAGUGUCAGAAGACCUGGGCAUGCUACUCAAGAGCUCUGUCCCAGGCAUGUACAGACACUUCCACGUGA